CUGAAAUUGGUUCACCCACAUUGAUCGUCAUGACGGCGGUUGACGUCCCAUGCAGCACACACACGCACAUCCAAUCCACGCACACGCCGUGCCGUAAGUCCCCACAAGUCUUCCUUCUGUCAGAUAGAUGUCGGAACCAGAGAGAGACAAAUAGCAUCAUUCACCACCCAUGUCAGUCAUCGCACCGCAGCAGUCCCUUGUCGGUCGUCUCAUAUCUCAUCACGCUCAAAUGACAGACAGACUCACAUGACUGACACCCAUCCAUCGGCCACGAUUGCGCGCACACACCGAUUCCAUCCACCGACACAGCCCGGCAGCCAGCCACUUGGGGAGCCAGCAGAGAGCAGAGAGACAAGAGAGAGGUAUGAAAAGUAAGAACCGAUCCAUCCAUCCAUCCAUCCGUCAAUCGGUCGGUCGGUCGGUCGGUCUGUCGGUCUGUCGGUUGGUAUGCCUCUCUGCUUCGCAGACCGAUAGAUACCCGUCUGUGGUCAGGCCAGCCAGCCUGUGUGUGCCGGUCAAGCACGUACGUACGAAUUGCAGCUUCGCUGAGGCGCAGCGAAAUGCGUCCAUCCAGUCAGUCAGUCAUCUAGUCGUCACAUACACGCACAUUUACAGCCAGCCGGCCAGCCAUACAAACAGGCGGACAGGCAGGCAGUUAGACAUCUCAUGUGGAUCAUCCCGGCACACGCACCUCUGCUGCCUUACUUACUUACUCGGUGGGUGUCGGUGGAGCGGGUGAGUGAGGCAAAACAUGGUCGGUGGGAAAAAAGGAGGACAGGACAGCACACUAUAGGCAUGGUAGGCCUUCCUCCAGUCAUUAGUUAUGCAUUCUGCCCGGGGGGUAGAGGGGGAGGGGAGGGAAAGAGCACAAGAAAUGCAGUCAGUCAGUCAGUCAGUCGAGAAGCAGUAGUAGUAGUGUCGGCGAGCUCUAUGCUUCAUCGUCAUCUGUACAGUUUCGCACACCACACCUGUCUGUGCUGUGGACAGACAGACCAUCUGUCUGUCCUUGCUGUCCGUCUGGAGUUCUGUCUGUCUGCGUGGGCGGCUCGGCUCUGCAAUGCAUACGAAAAACACACACCACACGUCUCUUUCUCGUGCCUGUCUGUCUGUUUGGAAGCUAUACAUUGAAACAUACACGCACCCCCGCGCAUUGAGGGACGGACGGACGACACACACUGGCUGGCUGGCAUAUCAGACAGGCAAUCAGCCAGCCUCUCCUGUCCUCUUUUGCUACAAUCACAUACCACCAUCCCUCCUCGCUGGCUCGCUGGAUGGAUGGAUAAUCUCUAAACGCGUCCCUCCUCGCUCCUCUCGCUGCCGCUCUCUCGUUCUCUCUCUCUGAGUUAAAUCCACCCAUCUUGUUGUUUUAAAGCCCAUGACUGUCCGUCUGUCUGUCUGUCGAUGACCGACCGGCUCAUUCAAACCAACCAUCGCGUGAGUGACGUCGCAAAAGAAAUAAACCAGGCAAGGACGGCAUGCCACCACCCUCCCUCGCUCCAGCGAUUGAACCGGUCAAGGGAGGAUUCUGCCACGCCAUUUACGCAGGGCCGCCCUCUCACAAGAGACAGACAGGUUCAACAGAAGCCAAGCGACCAUGCGGCCAAAAGUGGGAUCAAGGGAGGCUCGUUGAGCCAAUGGGCGGCCAACACCCAAUCAUGAUGGUUUGGCGAUGAAGGGAUAUGGUGAUCUGGGGGGGAAUGGUUGUCCAUCGACGAGAUAGAUAGUGGUACGGUAGGUACGAGAGGAGUGAGUGAGUGAGUGAGUAGGGCCUACUUGCUUUCCUCCUUGGUUGGUUGGCUGCUCUGAUUAUCUGCCGGUUGGUUCUUCGUGUGCUGGUCGGAAAAACACACAUACAGCUGCACUGCAUGAUGCCAUCCAUGCAUCCAUCCAUCCAAUCAGCUGACGUGUGCAGGCAGGCAGGCAGGCAGAUAGGCAGAGAGAUAGAUGAGGAAGUAUGUGCGCAUCCAGCACCAAGAGCGAUCCAUCCUCAACCACACGAGGCAGGCCAGCCAGGUCGGGUGAAAGAAGAGAAAAUCGGAAGGGACUUACAUAAGACAGUCAUUUUGAGUCCGCCCGUCCGUACUCUCAUGCACUCACUGAGACAGACAUUCACCCAUGCGGGUCGGGUAUGGUAUGACACGAGCGACACGCCGGCAGGCAACGCACGUCCGUCAUCACGUCAGGUGUUCGCACCUCCCUGACGCACGCACGCACGAACGAACAAACGACCCAUUCCCUCAACCAUAAGCACUAGGUAGGACACCAUCAAUCGCCGACCAACCGACCACAACGCAUCCAUCAAGACUCAAAACCAGCGUAGCGUCUUUCGCUCCCUCCCUCCCUCCGACCCUCCGUCCGCCCCUCUGUCUGUCUGCCAGUCUGUUCAAUCUGUCUGUCUGUCUGUCUAUCUGCGUGUCCAUGGUGUGAUCAUCUUCCUGAUGAAAAAUUUGGAGAGUAGUCUGGCGAGGUCGAUGCUGAAGGCGGCACGGUCGGAGCUCUGCGGCGGGACCACCUGGAAGGGCUCCACGGACGACAGCUGGCAACGCGCCACCAGAGUUAUCUGCACACACACACACACACGCACGUGUGGAUGGUUAGAUGGCAUUCAUGAUGGGUGGGUGGUUUGGCGGCGUGCCCUGCCGCACCCACCUUGUUCUUGGCGAGGACGAGCGUGUCGAUUUCGACGUUGUCGCCCAUGUCGAGCGUCCAGCUCUCCAGCCGGACGUUGACCGCCACCUCCCACGGCGUCCCGACACCCAGAGUCACCACAGUGUCCCUACACACCGAUCAACACAGACAGCCACGUGUGUGCGUGUGCGCCUGACUGCCUUGGGCAGGUUAGGUAUGCAGCCUACCUACCUGAGGUAGACGACGUGUCCGUUGCUGGUGACGCCGACGCCGGUUCUGAUUCUGAAGGGGGUCAUAGUGUUGAGGACGGUGUGCGCGAUGCCCGUAAUGCAGAGCCGCCCGUCCUUGACCGUCACGUGCUCGAUCGUCACCAACAUCUGAAUGAAUGAACGCACAGUGUGUAGAAACAGAACAGGGACGAGAGGACGGCUGUGGUGUGGUGUGCUGCGUGUGCAAUGGAAUGGCAGUAUGGUAUGUGUGUGUGUGUGUGUGUUGUGUGUGCUACGGUACAUACCAGUUUGGGGAUGUUUCUGCCGUCCCAGGUGCCCUCCAUCUUUGAGAGCAGCUUGUUGGCAAGCUGGCGCAGCAGCCGAUUGAUAACUGACACACACACACGACGUAUAACAGACACACGACCUAUGCCCACUGGUCUGUCUGCUCUCGUAUGCUAUGCGUGCGUGCUGCACUCAACGCUCGGAUGCACACCACACAUGGCUUUAAUCUUACAGGGUGAGUCCUCCAGGUCUUCGCUCGUGAGAGUGUACGUCCCAAAGGUCUGUCACGCGAUACAGACAAUAAUCCCAUGUCGAUGUCCGUCUGCUGUGUGUGCGUCCCUCCCUUUGCAUCCCUUCUCCCUCUCUCACCUCGAAAGGCCCCCUCAAGAAUGUCUGUCGCCGCAAAAGCAAUGAACCCCACCGAAUCGCCAAUCUGAUCCAGACACACCAGACAGACAGGCAGGCAGGCACGCAUGAGGGGGGAGGGGAGUGGGUAGUCUGCUUGAGCUCUCACUCUCUGAUCUCGACUUCUGCGCCUCCCGAGAUACUGAGGGCCUGAAAGGCCAGCUUGCGGAACCUUAUACGAACCAAGGGAAAGAUGCCCCUGACAAUGAAUGUCACACAACACACACACGCACCGAGAGAAGAAGUGUGGCCACACCCCGCCCUGUGUAGUGCAGUGCACUCGUCCGUGUUUGGCUUGCUCACCUGAGGAGGUUCCGUCUUCUGAGCAGGUCGAUCUGUAUGGUCAGCCCCUUAGCAGACCGACAGCACCGCUGCAUUAUAUUCACAGCUAUCCACUGAACCAACCGUGACCCAACACUCCCAGAACCAGCAGCAGAAACAGGAGAGGCCGCAGCCGCAGCCGCAGCGGCAUCCACCACCCCAUAAUCGGCCGAUGAAGACCGCGCCACAGCAUUGGUCACACCGACUGCCGCCUGUGCGUCAGCCGGGACCGCGCGAAUGAUCCUGCUGCGGCGGCUGCCCGGCAGCCUCAGCAGCCGCCUCACGGCGCUCCACGCACGCCAUCGAGCCGCUGCUGCCGGCUGCAUGUUGGCGCCACUGACUGCGUCAGCUGUGGUGGCCUUGGCAGUGUGUGUGAGGGGUGAGGGGCUGGAGUAGGGGGCGCCCGUGGCGAAGGUGAGACGCUGACUCUGGGGGGGCGAGGAGGGCGAAGGGACGGCAGCAGGGGUGUGGGUGUGGGAGGGGUCGGGGCGCUGGGGUGGGUUGCUCGCCGGGGAUGAGGGCACCACAAAGGGCACAAAGGCCGACUGCACAGACCGGCGGUCGCGGGUGGGGAACCGCCGAGAGGCAGCAGUAGGCGGCCGGUGGUGGCGCGCGAGACGUGCGAGAGCCGCUCCAGUCGCACUGGCCCUCGGCUGUGCCAUCUUGAGGGCCAUUGCCACGUAGGACGAGUCGCAUAGCCAGAGAGCCCACAGAGUGGUGGCCAGAGCGGUCACCAGAUGACAGACGGAGGUGGCGACGCCUCCGAUCGCCACCAGCAGAUGGUGGCCACGCCCUCCUCCGCAGGGGAGGGGGAGCAGGACGGCAGCGAGAGCCAUGCGCCUCAGGCAACGACUGCACACAGGAUGAGGGCGAGAUGGACAGAAGAUAGAAGUGGAUCUAGCUCAGGGCGUCGGCUGCUGCAGGGGGGAUGAUCGCCUGGUCAUGUCCAGCCUUCAGUUGCUUUCCG